CGGGCCAGGAUGGCGACGGACAGUCCCUGCGAGCUCCCGGCGACGCCGGCGGGCGGGCUGGGCCUGGGCCUGGGCUUGGGCCGGCCUCCCGCAGCGUCCUGCCGCCGUUGCAGCCCUUCCAGGGCCUCCCCCGCCGCCGCCGCCUCGCCUUGCGGGCCCCCCGCGGCGCUGCCCGGGAAGUGGGUCCGGCUGAACGUGGGCGGCACCUGCUUCCUCACCACCCGGCAGACGCUCUGCAGGGACCCCAAGAGCUUCCUCUUCCGCCUCUGCCAGGCCGACCCGGACCUCGACUCCGACAAGGAUGAAACAGGUGCCUAUUUAAUAGACAGAGAUCCAACCUAUUUUGGACCAGUACUGAACUAUCUCCGACAUGGGAAACUGGUUAUCAAUAAAGACCUUGCAGAGGAAGGUGUGCUUGAAGAAGCUGAAUUCUAUAACAUCACAUCCUUAAUCAAGCUGGUGAAGGACAAAAUAAGGGAAAGAGAUAGUAAAAUCUCACAGGUGCCAGUCAAGCAUGUUUACAGAGUGCUACAGUGCCAGGAAGAGGAGUUGACUCAGAUGGUCUCAACCAUGUCUGACGGCUGGAAAUUUGAACAGCUAGUGAGCAUUGGAUCAUCCUAUAACUACGGGAAUGAAGACCAGGCGGAAUUCCUCUGUGUUGUCUCCAAGGAGCUGCACAACACGCCCUAUGGCACAGCCAGUGAGCCCAGUGAAAAAGCGAAGAUUUUGCAGGAACGUGGUUCGAGGAUGUAAUUAUGCCUCAGUAUUGAAUGCAGAAGGUUGUUUUAUUUGCAUCACCAUACAAAGAGGCUUGGUGCCAAGUGGAAGUCUCUUGUUCGGACAAGAUGGAUUUUUAACCAUUUAAAAUGGUGCGGCUGGAGCAGGCCUGUGUUGCCUGUGUUGUUCUGAUGCUGGUUCUGAUACCUGGUUAUGCUGGUUGUAAUUCCAUGGAAGGAUUCAGCUCUACUUUACACUUUUGCCCUGUAGAGCUGUAGCACCUUCUCCAGUGCUGACCAGAUGGAAUUCUGCUGGUUUGUGGGAAGUGAUUGGGGGUUUAUUACUGAUGGUUCAAGGACAACAUAUUGGUGCUACUACAUACAGAUUACAGUCCGUAUACGGGCCUAUGUUAUUAUCAGCCUCUGUGGACUUCUCCUAUACAUUCCUUUGCAGUUUCUAAUGUAAGAAUGUUUUAGGAAAUAAGUAUUCCUCUGUCAGGUUAAACAAAAUAGGUGUUUCUCUCCUUCCCAAUUCCUCUUCGCCUCUUCCCCUUACUUCCUUUAUUACCCAAAAGGAGAAGUCUCUUUUUGCCUGCAUUUCUAGAGAUGGCCUUCAGAUAGCUUGAUCUUACCAAUGUCAACAUUCUGUUUGACUACACUUAAGGACUGAAGACCAGUUUUGUUUACAAAUGAUACAACAUCUUGCCUUUCAAAUGCAUGGCUACCCACCAUGUUUUUUGAAAAUACCUGCAAAUAUUGAUGGUGGCAAAGCUGAAGUUAGGCCUCAGAUUUUAGUUUAAUGGCUGCUCAGUGUAGAGGGUUGGAAAUGAAGGUCUGUGUGCCCUAAAGCAUAGAAUUUAUGCAGCUGAAAGUAGGAAUUCUUCUGAUUCUUAAACAGAUGUUUACAGUUAUUUCUAUAUUCUCUUAUCUAUGCAGUUCUUUCUAAUAUUUUGGCAAAUACUGUCAAAACAAUCCAUAGUUUCAUUAAGAGAAGCUUCUAGUAAAUGUGAAAAAACACAACUGGAUCUUUUUAGAGCACUGUGUUUAAAUGGAACCAUUGGCACAUGUUUCAGAAUAGCUUAAAGAGGAAUCUACUUCAAAUUUCUCUUUGUUCCUUAGAGAGGAGUCCCUGCUUGUCUGAGGCUUUAUAGCAUUCUAUCCAUAUUUUAAACUGUUUCAUUAAACAACUUAUGUAACAUUUUUUAUCAUUCAUAUGUACUGUCUUGAACAUAUCUUGUCUGCCUGCAUUUAGUAAAAUCUUUGGGCCCGACAGAACAGCAAGCGGGCUACCUUUCUUAGCCCCCAGUGUGGAGAUUGCUUUCAGACUGAUCUGCACAGAAGGUUGCAAGACCUCCUCAGUGCUUUUGGAAGAUACUGAAUUGAUUAAAAUGUAAUUACGCAGGAUGAACUGUACAUACACAUAUUCUCUUUGAGGCAUCCCUGUUCAGGAAUCCAUGUUCUAUGUCUGAUUUUUUAACAUCUAAUGUUUCCCCUGAAAGAGAUAUUGUUUUGAGACAUACCGAGAAACAGAAGGUUUGCAUGCAUGGCCAUGCCUCUUGGCAAGCUUGCCAUUGAACAGGCCUUGGCUCUGUGGACCAUUCUAGAAGAGAAAUAGAACGGCUUGAAAGAUUUCUCAAUCAACACACCUUCUCUCAAAGAUGGUGCUUAUAAUCAUACCUGGCCAGCAUCUUUUUUUGAACCCCUUGAAGUUGUUAGUGAGCCGGCUGAUUAUCAUUAACUGCCAGCUUGAAAGGGGUCACAGCCAAGCUCAGAAUGGGGCAGUGGAGCAACUCGUGUCCCCUUCAGCACGAGCUCAGGCGUUGGCUUUGGAGUGAGUGGGACUGUGCCCCCUUGACAUCCUUGCCCGUUUCAGUAGCCUUCCUUGAAUGGGCAGGGAGGUGAUGGGAAUAUUGAUCUGGUACUGAUUGACUUUUGAUUAGCAAACCAGGAUUACAAGAGGCAGUUGAGAAAUUUACAGGAUUGGGGUAACUCUUGUUGAGGAUUUUAAGUCCAGGCAGGAUAUUUCCUUUGUGCUCAUUUUGGUGUGACUUCUUGCUGAGUUGGGGGGGGGGGGAAUAGCAUGUGAACAAUAUAUCAACAUCAGAUUUUAAAGUUUGUAUCUUGGAAAUUAUAUUAUCAAAUUAACCUGGAAAGCAUGAAAUUUUUCUUUGUACUCUUCAAGACUAUGGAAUGUGUUAUAGGGCAUGAAGCUUAGCUUCCUGAAAAACUCAGUUUAAAAUAAUCCAUUAACCAUUGAUUAUCACUCUUUUGUGGUAGUCUCUUCCCCACGUUGUCUUCCUUGUUUCAACAAACACUGUUACAGAAAGCUGAUGGGUCCUUCCAAGGGAAUUGGGUAGAUUUUAAUAACUUAAAUUGACAUUUGUCUUUGGAGAUAUCCAUACUGUCUCUGGAUUCUGAAUUAUAAACAUGGGUGUCAGCAACCUGUUCUUCUUUUCA